GAAGAAGAUGGCGGCGCGGGUGAGGGACGGCGUCUCGCCUCGCUCCGCCGUCGCCUCCUCCUCCUCCACGCGGCUGCCCGCACGCAGCAGACUCGGCAGGCGCUCCAAGGACGGAGACGGAGGAGGCGGAGGCAGCGGCGGCGGCGGCUUCGAUCAACGCGACGACGAUAAGGAGAGGGAGAGCCGAGUUCAGGAGCAGCAGCAGCAGCGUCACCUCCACCCUGAGCAGCAGCAGCAGGCGGCGGCGGCGAGGUUGGUCGGGAGGCCGCGCAGUCGUCGUAUCGGCGUGGGCUUCAGCUCGGACGAGAGCGAGGGAGAGGCGGGUGUGUCCCACCACCAUCACCACCACCAUCAUCCCGUGUCCCCGUUCCCAUCCAUUCCGCACCCACCGCCGCCGUCGUCCCCUCACUCCCCUCCUCGCUACCAACAUCCUCCUCCACCACAUUCUCCCCGCAAGGCCGAGCUCAACAACGGCCUCAAGCGCGGCGACGCUUCGCAGUUCAAAGUCCCGGCGCCGUUGCCGAGCCCCAAUGGCCGAGGAGGGGGUGCCAAUGGGAACAGCAGCGGUAGCAGCAGCAGCGGCAGCGAAGGAUAUUCGGCAUCCGAGGGCGAGGACGACGAGGGGAGGAAGCCCACUGGUGCCGCGAGGUUGCACGGGGACUCGAGGAGGCAUCAACACCCUCGCCACCAGCACCACCACCAGCAGCAGCAUCAACACCACCGGUUGCAGAGGCAGCAACAACAACAACAGCAGCAACAACAACAGCAGGCUGUGGGCAGAGGGCUUGUCAAGUCUUCUCCGGGCGUCCAGCAGAAUCCGAGCGAGAAGUUGUUCGGGGCGCGUUACGUAGCUGAUGGAACAAACGGCGGUGGAACUGGACGUGGUGUUGAAGUUGAUGGCGUUGCUGGCGACGGAGUGGUGGCUGGUGGCGGUGUUGGUGGUGAUCGUGCCACCAAGCAGGAUGACCAUCACGGCAACUGCGUGGUGCGAAACCGGCAGGUUGCGGGGUCAAGCGAGACCCACGCACCCACGGUCACCACCACCACCUCAACGUCCUCGUCGUCGUCUACUACAACCACCACCACCCCCGCGGACGCCAACCACUCUGGCAGCAACCACACGCGAGCGAGACGCGGCUCGGAGACUGAGCGGGAGCUGCUUCGCCAGUUCAAGGUGGAGGAGGGCGAGGCGGUGACCCGCCGGCGAGCCUUCUGUGCCCAGUACCUGUCCAUGCUGCUCCUGCUGAGCACGGCUCUCUUCUUCCUGUGCCUCGCGUUCGUCUACGUGAACAUCAGGACGGCGAGCGAAGCGACAGGGCAACGCCAAUGCCUCGCUGAGUGUCCUGCAGCUGCCGAUGUCACCGCCGUCACGUGUUCGGGCCUCGCUCUGCAGCGGCACUGCCAGGGAUGCGCGGCGGUGUCGGUGCGCGCUCGCUGGCGCUCGUUUGGCGGCGGUCGCCCUGGCCUUGUGCCGGACGAUGGCCCCGAGUGGCAGAUCCUCAGCAAACUCUACGAUCAUCUGGCCACCAUCGCCGGUGACCUGGACUGCGGGGACCACGUUCACAUCAAGAGCCGCAGGAUUUCGUUUGUAGAUGCAUACGCGUUCAUCACGUCGACAUCCCCAUUGGUCAACGAGUCGAUGUUCAACGCUUCACUCCAGACGAUCAUCGGGAGCGAAGCCGACCUCGGCAUUCGGUUGCUCGGCGAGGACACGGAGCAGGAGGUCGCGAACCUCGUGGACGUUCGAUACCUCGAGUCGACGCACCCGCAGAGGUCUUUCAUCUGCCGCCUGCGCAGGGCCUUCCUCACAGUGCUGCACAAGCUGUUCAUUGUGUUUGCAGGUGUGGGGAUUGUGCUGGGCGUGCUGGCCUACAUGAAGUAUCGCUGGCGGAAGGAGGAGGAAGAGACCAGGAACAUGUAUGACCUGGUCGAGAGAAUCGUCGAAAUGCUGCGGAGCCACAGCGAGAACUGCGUGGAGAACAAAUCCCUGCAGCCCGUGCUGCCUCUUCCUCACGUCAGGGACACGCUCAUUCCGCUGCAGGAGAGGCGGAGGAUGCGCCGGGUCUGGCGCCGCGCCGUGGCGUUCAUCGCCGCCAACGAAUCGCGCGUGCGCACGGAGCGGCAGCGCAUGGCCGGCGAGGACUGCGAGGUCUGGCGCUGGACGCAGGCCGCGGUCACGGCUCCGCCGCCGGGGAAGCUGCCCGCCAAGAUCUGGCAGGGCAAGGCCUUCCAUCUGGAUCGGAGGAACUCCCCACUGCACAGCCUCACUCCCUGCCUCAAGAUACGCAACAUGUUUGACCCAGACAUGGAAAUUGGGGAGAACUGGCACCUGUCAAUCCACGAUGCCAUCAUGGAGAAGUGCCAUGACAACGGUGGCAUCGUCCACAUCGAAGUGGACAAGACCUCGCAUGAGGGCUGCGUGUACGUCAAGUGCCUUUCGCCUGAGCACGCUGGGAAGGCAUUCAAAUCGUUGCACGGAUCGUGGUUUGACGGCAAGCUGGUGACGGUGAAGUACCUGUGGUUGGAGCGGUACCACCAGCGGUUUCCGCACGCCGUCACCAGCAACAUCCCCAUGCAGCCGUCGAACCGAGCGGCAAACGCGUCCCCCUCCUCCUCCCCCCCCGGUUGCCAAGUGGAGAGGCACGGCGACAAAACAAUCUAAAAAUCACGCUGCUUCCUCGCCGCAACACCUCGAGUCCCCUCGCCUUCUUCAAACCGGCCUUGCCUGCCUCAAGUUCUCUCUCCUUCCUUGACUGUCCCCUGCUACCCGCCGCCGCGCCAACACUCCACUCCCCCCCCCCCUUUCCCCACCAUGCUCCCUUUUUACGCAUGGGAAAAAUCACCCGUUGAGUCGGCGUUGAUCUCAGACGAUCGCUUGAUGCUUCGUGUUUCUGUUUAUCCCUCCUACGGCUCGACUUUUUUGUGUUUGACCCUUUGGACUACUGCCUGCGAGUGCCCGUAUGUACGCUGCUAUUCUGUCAAAGUGCAGUAUUACUGAUACUGAUGGGGUGGGGGGGGGGUUGGCAUAUGCUUCUUGUUGUAGGACCCUUGAAUCCACUCUGGUCUACAGAUUCCAAUCCCAUCUGAAAAAUGUGCAUUUAAAAAAAGCCAUUUUUACAAUCAACUUAAUUGAACUCAAUUUUUUUUAUGUGAGAAGUAGCGUCAACCUUUUUUACAUGUGAGAAAAAAAAUUACAAAAAUCUUUUAAACAAUAAGUCUGAUGUUUCUUAACAAAUGCUGCAAAUUGCGGUGUUUCGUUAUAUAUUUUUUACCUUGUAUAUUUUGUCGCAAAGGCCUCCUUGAAAAGCCGUGGCAACCCCGUGGACUGUUUCGCCAUGUCCCCGUGCGAGCCGCAGCGCUGCUUGAUCACCGUGGGUCCACGGUGGGAGACGCGUUGCAUAACCGCCACGGCCUCCCUCUCUCGCUGGCAUUCGUUUGCACAAUAACGCCGGGGGGGCUUGCCUCUCCGCCUCCCCGCAGGGGAUUUCCAGGCUAAAUUCCUCGCACCCCCGCCACGGUCUGCCUUUUACAAUCGCCGAGCGAGAGACGCUUGCUAUCCGCCGCCUUGUUGACUGGGGUCGGAUUGCUCUGGACACCAUGCUGUGUGUGCGAAAACACCCAAGGUUUUUGCAGUGCUGUGCGCUGGCCACCGGAAAGUAAAGCAAAUAGUUUGCGAACAGGGGGAUCCAUUUUAUCGACUGACCUGAGCUCGCGCGUGAUUAAAUGUUGUGUAAGCACGUCACACCCGCUACGUUGGAGUGCAUCGGGAGGGCAUUGGUGAUGUAAUGAGUGGAAUGAGAUUGUUAGGAGACAUGCCGGACGCUUCAAAAUGAAGUUGUGCUCUCCUUAUAGUUUUUCGCUUAUUUAAGCGGGGUACCGGUAAGUGGAUCGCCCAUGUAUUUCUCUUUCGGAGUACAAGAGUGUGCCGGUUGUUGCCAAGCGUGCCCCCGCCCCCCAUGUCCGCUCGCUUGCAAGUGAGGAAUUGGCCGAAACUUCUCAAUGCGGGACCCUCCUCCUGAGAGAGUCCCGAGGCUCGGCCACGACUUCCUUGGAUUCCAAAAAAGUACAACACUCUUCUGUACGACGUGAAAUUGUGGUUUUAUGACGUGUUCAGUCUGUUGAAGCGAGACGAAACAAACCUUGGGCUGUGGUGGGGAAUGAGCACAGGAGUUUGAGGGUCCCCCGGUACACAGGGUGUUUUAAAAUUCUUACUGCAAGCAAGAUACACGGCGAGUCACCCAAGCUCCCGUAUUACAAUUUGUUCCUGACGGUCCACUCUUGGUGUUGCGUUUGCGAUGGAUUCGUUUAUUUUAGUUUUAUAUCUAUAUUUUCCUACCUAAUCGCAUAUAUUGAUUUUCGUGUCUUUUUUGGGACCUGUUAAUAGGUUGUGUUUGUAUUGGAUGCUACCUGCGUUAGGAGAGUGGGGAGGCGGGGUGGUUGUUACAAAUGUUUUAAGUGGGUGCAUCUCCCGAGUGUAAAUGCAAACUGUACAUUUUAUUUUUUUUCGUCGGGUUAUUUUGCAAAGAUGUAAAGUUGUAAUGGUGGUGAUGCUUUGUUUGCGUGCCCGCCUCUUGGGUGGUGAUGUUGGUCCGGAACAGACCGCGAUCCCCCAUCCGAAAGCGCACUCGAAUCUCACGAAAUUGUAUGAAACUCUUGAAACUGCUGAGCAACAAUUGCGCAAAGUGUGAAUUGAACAAUUUUUUUUAAAGGUCUCGUUUUUUGUACAGGUUCGGUGUUUUGUUUUAAAGCGUUUUUUGUAAUGACAGUGCUGAGAUUGCAAUUCCAUUAAAGCCAUUUUGUGACUGAAACCAUUAUAAAAUGUGUAAUUGCAAGGGGCACUUGCUUUUCUUUUUUUAAACAAUUGGACUUUGUACAUUUUUAAACAUGUAUUAUUAUUAAUGCAUUUAUAUUUAAACAUUUUGCCAUUUGCUUCAUUUCCAUUGCUGUGCACUUGAAUGCAUUUGCAUUUCCGUCAAGAAGUGGCCGCAUCGCAAGAGAGUUUCCGUUGGAGCCAUGGUUUCGUUCACAAUCGCGGUGUUUAUACGAAUACAACAAAAAAAACACCACGUGACCCCUUGACCCACCAUUGCUCACGACCUCUUCUCGGGCUCUUGCAAAAAAAUGUUUGGCCAAAAAAAAAAAUCUGACCUCCAUUUCCAGCAUCUGUUUACAAAACGGGCCCUGUGAAACAACCUUGUACUGACAAUGUUAUCUGGUGCUUGGGUUUGGACAGCACAGUAUAUUCCAGGCUCAAUUAUGUCUCAAUCCCCAAUUUACACUGCAGCAAAACCGCUUAGAUUUCCCAGUUUAUUUCUUUUUUUUAAGUGCGCUUUUGUUCACCAAACACCUAAAGCCGGUUGUGGAAACGUUGACGUCCCAUUGCAUGAGCAUAGCCUUCUGUUGACAGCGGAGCAGCUCCCUGUUAUAUUUUUCUUUAAAAAUGUAUUUCCAAAGUAUUACAGCAAUACCACCGCAUUGCGUACGUGUACCUAAAGUGCAAAGGCAUUAUUAGACAGUGUUACCCAGCUUGCGUACUGGCGAUGCAUAUCUUGUUGGUGUGCCUUAACUACAAAAAGAAACUGCAUUUCAUGCUUGAAGAGGCUGCUGUUUGAAUGUUGUUGCACGGCGUUUUGGUUUUUUUAAUUGGGGUGGUGGUGGGGGGGUGGGAUUCACGCGUAAAGUCAUGUCAGUGUGUCUGACGUGUGUGUUCCUAUAUUACAAACAAUAAAAAGGUGCUUUUUUAUUUUAAACACACGCGCGCGCACGAGUGCAUGUGGCGCGUAGUGUUCGCGCGCGCACUCUGUGCUCUCCGUGUCGGGGACAGGGACGGGGAUUUGCGUUCACCUCGCUCCCUCGUCCGCGCAAGUUUUGGAACACGGUUCGAUUUAAAUUCCGUGAACUGGUGCGAGCUUGGGGUUGGUUUGGCUUUUGGUUGUGGUGGCGGUGGAGUGCGCUCGGAACACGAGAGGACGCGUCGUGGCCGCUCGCCCCGCGUGGACGGGCGGAACUUUUUUUGUCUAAAGGCUGCAGCCCUAAAUUUGUUAUCCGAGUACUGUACAAAGGUAUUUAAUUAAAGUUUACUCAUUUUUCA